UACUUCGUGCUAUGACGUCAGUUCAGCUGUUGUCCUGUUGCCUGCUGUCUUGCGUGAAGUGAACUGUGAUGUUAUCUUGGGUUAUUGUCUCUUUCCGUUUGCAGUUUUAAUUCUGACAAUUUUAUUCCUUUGUUGUGUAAUUUUGGGGUUGCGCGUUUAACUUGGAGUUAGAUAUUUUAAAUUUUACUAUUAAAUUAUGGCUCAAAAUCCUACAAGCAGUGCUUUACGUGCUCUAGCCUUGGAAUUCAAAAGCAUUCAAGAGGAGCCAGUCGAAGGUUUUCGUGUUAAACUUGUUUCUGAUGAAAAUCUUUUUGAAUGGGAAGUAGCAAUAUUUGGACCCCCCAAAACUUUAUAUGAAGGUGGUUAUUUUAAAGCUCAUGUGAAAUUUCCACCUGAUUAUCCUUAUUCACCACCAUCCAUCAGAUUCCUAUCCAAAGUAUGGCAUCCAAAUGUCUAUGAAAAUGGUGAUUUGUGCAUUUCUAUUCUCCAUCCACCAAUUGAUGAUCCUCAGAGUGGUGAACUUCCUUGUGAACGUUGGAAUCCUACUCAAAACGUUCGCACAAUAUUGCUCAGCGUUAUUUCACUAUUGAAUGAGCCUAAUACUUAUUCUCCGGCAAAUGUUGAUGCUUCGGUUAUGUACAGGCGUUGGAAGGAUUCAAAAGGCAAGGAUAAAGAAUAUGAAAACAUAAUUAGGAAACAAGUUUCUGCAACGCAUGCCGAAGCUACAAAAGAUAAUGUAAUAGUGCCUAUGACUCUUGAAGAAUAUUGCAUUAAGCAUACAGCUAAACCAUCUGAGCAAGAAUCCGAUAUGACUGAUUUCUACGAUGAUGAUUAUGGAGAUGACAUGGAUGAGGAAGAUGAGGAUGAAGAAGAUGAGUAUGAUGAGGAUAAUGAAGAUUCUGGGAAUGGUGAAACAUGAUAUUUUGGUUUCAUCUUUCCUAGUAUCAUUUCAAUUGAAUUUUAUUUGUGAAGCAAGUUUUAGAGCCAUACCAAAAAUGUUGCAAUUUAUGGGCAAAGAGACAAUAUUGCGGAACUUUUAUGGCAAGGUGUUAUAAAAACACAUGUGUGCUUAAUGAAAAUUGCAUUAUGUAGCAUUCAUCAAUGACUCCUUAUCAUUAUCAGAAACAUUUCAAAAGUUAACCUAUGAAAUGUUUCUACAUCAUUUAACCAAGGUGUUCAUCAGUCUUAAAUAAUUUGCAUUUAUCAGUUUUAUCGUCUUGAUAGAGUGUUAUUUUAAGUCUUCCAUUGUGUGAUUGGGUUUUUUGAUGGAAGUUGCAAGAUUUCUCUAAUGUACAGAAUCAUCAAGAGUAAUCUGUAAUCAUUGUUUUGUUUUCCCUGCUUAAUAAAUUAUUAUUUGGGACA